AUGGCCCGGAUGCGUAAAGACAAGCAUGCGACCAUGAAGUCUGGGUCUCUCUCGUAUGACGACACGCAGGUCGCCGCGGCAAAGGAGAGACGACCGAAGGAUGGGAAGGUUGAGCUCGUGACGGAUUAUCAGGCAGAAGAUCCUGCGCUCGUUAAGGACGUCUCGUCCUUCCUCUCGGAACUGAAGUCACCCAGCGGCGCUGGCGUUGCAGAACCAUCGGCCAAGAAGAAGUCUAAGACGAAGGACACGCCUACGAAGGAUUCGCGACAAAAGAAUGUGUCCGAGACGGCUCGACCGCGGACAGACGCGAAGGUCCCGCACCACAAGAAGCAGAAGGGCCCCACUAACGUCGCUGCGACAGCCUCGUCCAAGCGCGGCAAGUUCACCGUCGAUCCCAACCCGCAAUGGUACACGUCUGUGCCAGCUCUUCCUCCCAGCACUUCACUAGCGCAGCCCACGGCCCAGCAGCUCGCCUCGCUCAGCGCGCGUGCACAGAAGGCGCUGCAGGCCGACGCAGAGCUCUACGCGUCGUCUUCGCUCUCGAGCGGCGAUGCGAGCUUCAUGCAGACGAUUUUGAAGAGCGGGACGCUGAGUGAUAGGUUGAGCGCUCUGACGCUGAUGGUGCAGGGAAGCCCGGUGCACAACGUGAAGGCGCUGGAGGGUCUGAAGAGCAUGAUGGAGCGCGGGAAGGGCAAGGGGCGCGAGGAGGGUCUGAAGGCGGUGCGGUGCGUGGUGGAUUGGUGGGUCGGCGGCGGCGGACCCGGGCGGAAGCUCAAGUACUUCCGCGACCAGCCGCUCCUGCACCCCUCCGCGACCGACGCGCACCUCGUGCUCUGGCACUUCGAAGACUGGCUCAAGAAGUACUUCUUCUCCGUGCUGCAGGUGCUCGAGACGUACUCGCUCGACCCGCUCGCGUACGUGCGCACGCAGUCGCUCGCGUUCCUCACCGCGCUCCUCAAGGAGCAGCCCGAGCAGGAGCAGAACCUCCUCCGGCUGCUCGCCAACAAGCUCGGCGACACGGAGAAGGCGAUCUGCUCGCGCGCGAGCUACCACCUGCUGCAGGUCCUCCAGGCGCACCCCGCCAUGAAGGCGGUCGUCGUGCGCGAGGUGAAGGCGCUCGUCUUCCGGCCGCUCGCGUCGUCGGCAGCCGCGGCGAACGCGUCGGCGGCGGCGCACGAGGAGAAGCGCACGCAUAUACGCUUCGGCGACGAGGAGGAGACGACGGCCAAGACGGGCAAGUCCGCGCCUGGGAAGAAGGAGCAGGGGAAGGGAAGGGAGAGCGCGAAGGAGCGGCUGGAGCGCUGGAACUCGCACGCGUGGUACUACGCCGCUGUGACCCUCAACCAGGCCGUGCUCACGCCGACGGAGGCGGACAGGGCGGUGGCGCGGACGUUGCUGGGCGUGUACUUUGAGAUGUUCGAGGAGAUUUUGGGGGCGGGCCGGGAGAAGGGCAAGGAGAGGGAGGGUGACGACGAGGGAGGCGAUGUCGGAGGAGGGAAGGGUGAGAAAGGCGGCAAGGAGGCUGGGAAGAGGCCGGACAAGGGGAAGGGAAAGGAGAAGGAGGUGCGCGGCGCGGCGGGGUUCGCAGAGGUGGAAGACGCGACGUCGAGGCUGCUCAGUGCCGUGUUGACCGGUGUCAACCGCGCGCUGCCGUUCGCGAAAGUAGACGUCGCGGGGGACGACGUGUUCCAGAAGCACAUCGACACGCUGUUCCUCAUCACGCAUACAUCGACAUUCAACAUCUCGCUGCAAGCGCUGCUGCUCAUCUUCCAGAUCACCGCGUCGCUCGCCUCCCACCCAUCCUCAUCGACUGCCUCUGCCUUCGCCACCGCGCUUCAGGACCGCUUCUACCGCACCCUUUACGCUUCGCUCGUGGACUCGCGUCUCGGAGAGUCCAACAAGCAGGCGAUGUAUCUCAACCUCCUGUUCAAGGCGCUCAAGGCGGACAAGAACAUCGAGCGGGCGAAGGCGUUCGUGCGCCGGUUCGUGCAGGUGCUGGUCGCUGGGAUCGGUGGCGGUGGUGGAGCGGAGUUCGUCGCUGGGGGGCUGUACCUAUUGGGCGAACUCUUCCAGACGACACCUGCGCUCAAAGAGCUGUUGGAUGACACGAAGGGGAAGGGGAAGGCCCCUGCUCAGGCUGGGGAGGAGAGCGAGUACGACCCGAGAAAACGGGACCCGCAGUUUGCGCAUGCUAGUGCAUCGCCGAUGUAUGAACUGCUUCCUCUACUGCAUCACUACCAUCCGACCAUCUCUCUCCACGCCCGACAACUUUUCACCUCCGCGCCAUUGACCGCUGCCCCCGACCUCGCCCUAAAUACACUGAGCCACUUCUUGGACCGAUUCGUAUACAAGAACCCCAAACAGCCACGGACAAAAGGCCCGAGCGCUAUGCAACCCGCGGCCAGCGCCGCGGAUGGGACAGGAGUGAAGAUGACUAAAGGUGAGGUUGUGGACGAGGGCGGGAUGGUGGUGAACGAAGAGGGUUGGUGGCGGAAGAAAGUUGAAGACGUCCCAGCGGACCAGAUUUUCUUUCACAAAUAUUUUACACAAAAGAAACAAAGAGAAGAAGAGAAGGCGACGAAGGUGUCAAGGAGAAGAGCGCGCGGCGACGCGUUCGAUACAGACGAGGACGAGGAGAACGAGGAGGAGGAUAUUGUGUCCGAGCCCGAGGAGUCGCCCGAGGGCGAGGACGAACAUGAGGCGGAGAGCGAUAAGGGCGAAGCGGAGAUCUGGAAGGCGAUGAAGGCUUCCCUGCCGGCAGAGCUGCAGGACGAUGACCUCAUCGAUGACAGCGACGACGACGAAGACGAGAUCCCAUCGGGCCUGGACGACGAUGACGACAGCGCCGCCGAUGGCGAAGGUCUCGAUGGCAACACCGCCGAUGCCGCGCUAGGCGACUCGGGCGCCUCUUCAGACGAGGGCGAGCAGGACCUCGAGGACCGUGACGACGACUCUGCCGCCGACGAGGACGCGUUUUCGCUCGUGGAGGCGUCCGAUGCGGAGGAUCUAAUCCCGCUUGACGCCGACAUGGGUCUCGUUGAGUACGAUGGCUCGGACGCGUCUGACCAGGAGGAGGAAGAAUGGGGCGGUAUAGACGCGGACCAGUCGGCCAAGAAACGAAAGAGGACAGAGGAAGACAGUAAGAAGGGCAGGAAAAAGAAGCUGCGCCUACCAACAUUCGCGAGCUACGAAGACUACGCGCGGAUGAUCGAGGAUGGGCCGGAGGACAACUUGUAG